UAUCCUCAUUGCAGGCUCAAGUGACGCUUUUAACACUAGUCAUCUACUAUUUUUAUUUUUAUUUUUUUUGGUUUAAGUCAUCUACUAUUUGCCAGAGCUUAUGCUUUGUUAUCAUCCGAUUGGUGUUAUUCGGACUAAUUCUGUUAUAAACUAAACUACCUUACUUCUAAACUUACUUUGAGCUGUUAAAAACGGAUUCUCCGAUGGUCCCCACUACCAUAGUUUCUCUGCCUGCGACUUUAUCAAUCCGGCGGAAGAAGACGGGGAGACUGGCGGUGGCGGGAGAGAAGAGAAGAGAAAUGAGGCGAAGAGAGAGAGAGAAGCAAGAUGGUCGCUUGAGCUAUCUGAAACAAAAUCUGCCCUUUUUCUCAGAUCCGAUUGAAUUAAUAGCAGCAAUCAGAUCAGAUCGGAGGUGGGUUUCACUUGUUGUAGUAGCAUGAGGAGGAGAGGGUCGGAUUUCCGGAGGUCAGGGCGGAGGAGGAUCUCGAAUGUGGUGUGGUGGGUUCUCUCUGGGAUUGUGGUUAUGCUCUUCAUUCUCAUUCUCAGCAAGGCUGGUCAUAUUGAGCCAAGGCCCUCCAUCCCCAAGCGGCGUUACCGCCAUGACAAGUUUGCGGAGGGCAUGAACAUGACCGAGGAAAUGUUGAGCCCAACCUCCGUCGCUCGCCAAGUUAACGACCAGAUUGCUCUCGCCAAAGCCUUCGUUGUCAUUGCCAAAGAAAGCAAAAACCUUCAGUUUGCUUGGGACCUUAGCGCCCAGAUCCGCAACUCCCAGCUGCUCCUCUCCACUGCCGCCACUAGCAGACACCCUCUCACGCUCCUCGACUCCGAUCCCACUAUCCGUGACAUGGCCGUCUUGCUUUACCAGGCCCAGCAGCUCCACUACGACAGCGCCACCAUGAUCAUGAGGCUCAAGGCCACCGUUCAGUCCCUCGAAGAACAGAAGAACUCCGUCUCCGAAAAGAGCGCCAAGUACGGCCAGAUUGCUGCCGAGGAAGUCCCCAAGAGCCUCUACUGUCUUGGUGUUCGCCUCACCACCGAAUGGUUUCAGAACUCGGCUUUGCAGAGAAAGCUCAAGGAAACAAGCCAUGCCGCCUCUAAACUCACAGACAACAGUCUCUUCCAUUUCUGUGUCUUCUCCGAUAACAUCAUCGCUACGUCAGUUGUGGUCAAUUCCACCGCUCUCAACUCCAAGUCCCCCGAGAAGCUCGUGUUUCAUCUCGUCACUAACGAGAUCAACUAUGCUGCAAUGAAGGCCUGGUUCUCCAUCAACAUGGACAACCUCCGAGGAGUCACUGUCGAGGUUCAGAAAUUUGAGGAUUUCAAAUGGCUUAAUGCCUCCUAUGUCCCGGUCCUCAAGCAGCUCCAAGACUCUGAUACGCAGAGCUACUAUUUCUCGGGGCACAACGACGAUGGACGCACGCCAAUCAAAUUCAGAAACCCCAAGUAUCUCUCCAUGCUCAACCAUCUCAGGUUUUACAUCCCUGAAGUGUUUCCUGCGCUGAAGAAAGUGGUCUUUCUUGAUGAUGACGUCGUAGUCCAGAAGGACCUUUCCGCUCUCUUUUCCAUCGAUUUGAACAGGAAUGUGAACGGGGCUGUUGAGACAUGCAUGGAGACCUUCCACAGAUACCACAAGUACCUGAACUACUCCCAUCCUCUGAUUCGCUCCCACUUCGACCCAGAUGCCUGUGGGUGGGCCUUUGGGAUGAACGUCUUUGAUCUAGUUGAGUGGAGGAAGAGGAAUGUGACCGGCAUAUACCACUACUGGCAAGAAAAGAAUGUGGACCGGACCUUAUGGAAACUUGGGACAUUGCCUCCUGGUCUUUUGACAUUCUACGGGUUAACAGAGGCACUAGAUGCAUCGUGGCACAUCCUGGGAUUGGGAUACACCAAUGUGGAUGCUCGUGUGAUAGAGAAGGGAGCUGUUCUUCACUUCAAUGGCAACUUAAAGCCGUGGUUGAAGAUCGGCCUAGAGAAGUUCAAACCUUUGUGGGAGAAAUACGUUGAUUACAGCCACCCUUUCAUGCAACAAUGCAAUUUUCAUUGAUUUCUUAGAGCUCUUAGUUUUACUUAUAGACAGUAGCCAUAUCUUUCCACAUUUGGUUACAGAGACACUUGCACGAGUUUUGUAUGCUCAAGCUCCAAUCACUUAUUGUCUUAUUGUAUGUUGUGAAUGUGAUAUUCAAAUUCAGUGAAGCAUCAGCUAUUCUCUGCUUGUAUAUCAUAUCUUUACCAAGACCAAAAAAUAAGGAAUAUCUUUGCUUCAAAGUGUA